AUGAUACGUAAGUUUGUUCUUGUGUUGCUCACGGCACUCACCGUUUACAUCAUUGUGAGUACCAAUGCCUGCCUCCGGGAACUUUUGCAUCUGCGACUCAAGAAGAAUCACCGUUGUGAGUCGUUCCCUUGCGACGGGCAUUUCGCCCUCACCACAUUCCUAGCCGGUGAUUAUGACGGGAAAGAAGGUGACCACGAUGAUGAUGAUACCUACUUUGUUGCCGCGCGCGUUCUUACCUACCAGUUGCUACACGCUCCGAGAACUAGACUACAAAGUCCAACCCCGUUCAUCGUGCUAGUGACAAAGGAUGUACGGGAAAGCAAGCGUCAGAGGCUACGCGACGACGGAGCAAGUGUCGUCGAGGUCGACCAAAUGGAGCACAAUAUCUCCAUUUCCGAACCCCGCUGGCUGCAAACUAUUACCAAACUCCGGGUGUUCGACCCGACGGCUGUACCCUAUUCAACAGUCCUAUAUCUGGAUACAGACAUUGUCCUUAUACGUCCGAUUGAUUCCAUCUUCAGCGACCCGAGUAGCAAAAUAACAGAUCCGCUGGACUACGCCAAAGGAAAUGACGUAGUGCAGGAUCGUCUUCCAGAGAAGUAUACCAUGGCCGCCUCUCCUGAGUCUGGAAAGCUUGAUCAUCCAUACCCAUAUCUUGAUACAGAACAGAGGGAUUCCUACUUCAACAGCGGCUUCUUCAUAUAUUCGCCUAGUACUCAACUCUUUGAGCACUACAUGUCCCUUUUAAAAGGAUCGGAGGCUUGGUACCGCGGCUUUCCCGACCAGGAUCUAUUGAACUAUGCCCAUCAUUUGGAGGGGCCAAUGCUCUGGCAGAAGUUACAUUUUUCCUGGCAUCUGAACUGGCCCAACAACAAUGACUUGAACAGUGGGAUGGCGGCUUUACAUGCUAAAUGGUGGAAGGGAGAUUUUGUGUCGCCUUCGGUCAAGGAGUACGCAUUGUCCAGAAGAUGGGAGAUGGAGGGAUACUGGAUGGGUAGGGCUUCCGGGUGCGGAUGA